ACACACACACACACACACACAGAGAGAGAGAGAGAGAGAGAGAGAGAGAGAGAGAGAGAGAGAGAGAGAGAGAGAGAGAGAGAUGAGUUGCAAGGACGAUCCCAAGGGGUUCCAGCGGAUCAUCGAGAUCCGGACUACUAGGCGCUGCGAAAUGUACAUUUCGCCACCGCGGGUUCGGCAGAGGCGCGACGACGACGAGAUGACGUGGCAAGGAAGGAUAUUUCUUGUCCCGGCCAUGCUUGUCGUUUUGUCCACGUGGACGACGUCGGUUACAUCUACGGCUAUGGCGGCAGCACCGCUUCCUCCUCCUCCUCCUCCUCCUACUCCUGCUGCUGCAGCCACGUCCGCUAAACGAGGAACGCCAUCGAGCACCAUCACCACUUAUGAAGAUCUUGGGAAAGCGGUGACGUCAACAUGUUAUCCCGCCGUCAAAUCCGACGUGUUAUUGGCGCGCAGUGUUCCGGAUGUUAAUCAGACAGCCUGUCCACAUGUCACACCAUCAUCGGCAGAUGUGGUGGGGACAGGAAGUGCAAGAUCGAUGGCGGGCAACAGUCGAGCUUUAUCUGACAUCCACGUGGCGUCCAUCUAGAGAAUCUGGAGGUCACGAGGAUGAAGUGCAGCGGGAGAGAGAAUGCUUUGGUGGCCUUUAUCGCGGCUACUCUGGUAAUCAAGGGGUGCAAAUUGA